AAUAUUUCACCCAUUUUGUAGCCCCUCUAGAACAAAAAUGGAGCGGUAAAUGUGAAUGGAUCAGCUGUAACAGUUAUAAAAGAUAUUGAAUAAGCUAGGCCUACUGUUCAGCCUAGCCAAGGAAGAAAGUUUCCCAAAUGAUGGAUUCUAUGUCAAGUGAGAAAAGUCUGUUUGUUAAAACCUACUCUCGGAAAUGCCCAGUUAGAGUUUGGAGAGAUGAGAAAAUUGUUACCACAGUAUUACAAACAAAGACCCCUGCACCUGGUAUAAGGCCUUAUUUAAAAAGACACCGAAUAUACCCUGAAGCAUGGCCCAAGCCACUGUCAAAUGAUGAGCGAUUUAUUUCACUCUCUCAAAGGAAAUCAAGUGUUCGCCUCUUAAAGAAUAUUAGUAACGUAAAGGAUAUAGAGGCACUUAGAGUAGCAGGCAAGAGGCUUGGAUCGCCCUUUCACAAAAACAGAAAAGGUUCUCCUGUGUCUAUCUCCAGAGGCUUUCUAGAAUUAAUUGAAGAAUCAGAGUCAAAAGAUUUGACAGACUGUAAAUUGGGAGAUGCAUCAUCGCAUUCAGAAAAUGUGAGCGUUCAGUAUUCAGAUAUAUUGCAGUUAUCGCCGUGGACAACCACUCCUGCUGUGAGUGAGUGUUCAAGCUCUGACUUAUUAGAGGAUGACACGAGCCGACUGUCUGAAUCCAGUAGCGCUACGGACAGCAUGGAGACAAUAGCAGAUGACUGUAUAUCCGACAUAGAUACAUCAUCCACUCUCAGCGCUCCUGAUGAGUAUCACUCUGCAAUUGAAACAACUGAAGAUACAACACUAUGCCCUACCAAUUCAACCAUGACAACAGCAACAACAGCAUUUGCAGAAGAAGAAGAAACAUUUCCCGAUUUGGAAAUUCUUAGGCGUGAUUUACCAGCAUCUGAGGAGAUAGCAAGACCAGUAGAACCAGUUCAGUUCAGUUUUCUCAAUAAGCUGAAACCAAAGUCAUUUGGGAGAAGAUCUAAAGGACUACCAUUUAUCAAAGUAUCCAAAGUCACUCCAAAGAAGAGGCCUUCUGUAGGAAAAUUUACUGGUUCCAAUCGAGCAAACUCAACUCUUCAGAAGGAGAUGGGACUUGGUAUAAAUGACUAUGAGUCAGCUGGGGAUUUAUCUAAUAUUCCAGUUGAUAAGAAUUUAGAAGGACACUGGAACGUAUGCGCAGAUAGAAAUCUCAACUCAACACCAAUAGAAAAUUCUGGAAUAAGCCUAGCCACAAAUCCACCUGAUGUUUCUAGUAUACCAGGUAUUAUCAAACAUAUUGACAUGGCUCAAGAAGUAACAUCAUCUAUGGACAUGUCAUCGAUUUGUGUGGCCCAAAGCGAAGCAUUGCAUACAGGACAAGCUAAGAGACAACCUCGAUCUGUGUACAGUUUCACAAGCAAUGAAGACACCUUAGAAUCUACUAACUCUCUCCAGAUACAUGGUCAGAGACUUUUGACACAAGCAAAAGCAGACAAUGGUUCAGCCAUCAAUAAACAGAGUGUGCAGUUUGCAACUCCAAAAUCUGUUAUUAGUAGCAGUAAUAGUUCAAAACAAGUAUCAUUUUCACUGAGUGCUAAUAAGAAAAAGGAGUAUCAACCGGAGCUAAGCAUUCGAUCAGCCCAACUACACCUCCCAACGAUUUCACCAAAUAGCAUUCUAAAGAAGCUAGGGAAUGGUGUCAGCUUGACAGAUAGAGCGGUUGAGAAAGAAUGCAUCAACAAACGAACAAGCACACCCAUCAGAAGAAAACGACGAGGUGGACGGAUAGACAUGAUGGAGUAUUCAUUUGAUGUCUCUGCUGUUGGAUUACCAGCCUGCGAUGAGAGUGAGCUUAUUAUACAAGACAGUAACAUUAAUCUAACGACGACAGAUGUACAAGAAGAAAUAGUAACACCUAAUAAAUCGAACAGCAUCAAACAGUUUAAUUUGCAGGCCCAUAAGCCGUCAUGUGGCAAUUCAAUAGACAAGGAUUUACAAAAUUUAAUGAUAAGGGGAGAAAUGACCCCUUCAAUGAGAAUAAAGAGAUCCUCCAGUACAGUGGCACCAAAUCUACCAAAGAACAAGAAAAGCAGGAAGCUAUUAUGUUUGAAUGAUUUCGUUGAGCACCGAUCAUCAGGAACACAGACAGUGAAACGCAAGCAACUGCAGUUCAGAAACCAAGCUGUUGGCCCAUCUAUGUGUUGCCUCGAGAACUUCAAUCAAUAUUCCCGUCUACCGGGUAAAGUCAUCCAGUAUAAGUCGUCUGUCAACUAUGACCAAAACAUACCUGAAGAUAUCUUAACGAUACUGCCAGGAACUGUUAAUGGCUAAGAGAGUAGACAGGCAUUUUGCAGUAACAGCUAUUCUACGUUUGUGCAAUAUUAUCUUCCAUAGCAUUGUAAAAAAUCAAUUUGUCCAGUGAAUUCAAGGUACAUCUGCUCAAUGAAUUUCUUGAAAACAAAAUUCCAAAUUCCAGAAAUUAUAUAAUCAAUUAAACAAAUUAACGGUGUAUAAAGUAAUUCUUUUUUUUACAUGUGUUACAUUGCAAUUUAUGUGUAAAUUGACAUUAGUCAGUAUGAGAAAUAUUUAUUAAGAAUAGUUAAAAUGUUUAAAUGUGUAAAAUAGCUUAUAUAUUCCUUGGUAAAAAUUCAAGAUACCAACCUUAUUUAUUGUAAAAGUAUUUAUCAAAAGACAAGAAAUUAUAAAGUAAAAUAUGCAAUAAAAAGAAAGAUCGUUAUAAGUUUAAAAUAAUAUAUGAACAAUUUAUUUGCAAAGUUUUGGUACAGUUUUGUUGAAUAAACUGGUUGCUGCAUUA